AUGCGUCGGCUCCUCUCUUCUAAAAUUAUAAAGCAUCGCAGAAAGCUGCUGCGACGUUACUGGCGGCGGCUGGCCCGUCCUCCUAAAGUGCGGCGGCGGCGGCGGCGGCGGCUGCGGUGGCCUCUCACGAAUGAGGACUUUGCCCAGUGGUGGUGCCAGCUGGUGCGGUUGGAUCCCGACCUAUUGCUGGGUCCUGGGGAGGAGCAGGAUUCCAAGCAGAAGCAGGAUUCCAAGCAGCAGCAGAAGCAGCAGCAGCUUUCUGAGAAGGAGCAGCUGGAUUCCAAGCAGAAGAAGAGUUCCAAGAAGCAGAGCCGCUCCAAGGAACAGCACCUCCCUGAGCAGCAGCAGCCCGAGGAGCAGCAGCCUGAGCAGCAGCAGCCCGAGGAGCAGCAGCCCGAGCAGCAGCAGCCCGAGGAGCAGCAGCCCGAGCAGCCAGCCCCUUCCAAGAAGAAGAAAAAGACAAAGCACGUCUCUCUGCAGCAUAGCAGUUCCUCCAUGGAAAUCUUCCCAGAUCUGACCGAUGAAACACCGGCGGCACUGUUCUCCAUCGACCCCUACCGCGGCACCCUCGCUCCUGGCCAGAUGCAGACCUUCCACGUGCGCUUCGCCCCGAAGGCUGUGGGCAAGUUUAAGACCAUCAUGGUGUGCAGGAUUCCUAAGCUGAGGCCAAGUCAGAAGAAGGUGCGGCUGAUUUUGAGAGGCAGGGCCCGGGACAAGAAGAAGAUGAGGUUUGGUAAACCCAAACGCUCGGCGUUACGGCAGGCAGAGGAGAGCCCGAAGCCCAAGAAGAAGGUGCACUGGAAACUGCCCCCUGAGUGAGAGCGUUUGUGUCAGCUGGAGCCUCCACAGGAGCCAGCAGCACCGUGCCUUCUGCUGCUGGUGGUCUCCCACCCUUCACCAGAGACCUCCGCAGCUACCCUUCCAGUGAACGC